UGUCCAGAGAUUUUCUGACGCAAACAUGAGAAUCCUAAAUCUCGAAGAACUUACCGAAGAGCUCUAUCGAGUCUUCGAGAGUGACCAUGUCAACAUCGAUGAAGUCAAGCAGCUCAUGGCGAGCUACGGCGGCGGACCCUGUGAGUGGAGCAAGUACGCCAAAUUCGAACCAGGCAAAUACACCCGGAACCUCGUCGACGAAGGAAACGGAAAAUUCAACCUGAUGGUUCUUUGCUGGAGUGGAGACACCAAGAGCAGUAUCCACGAUCACGCAGACGCCCACUGCGUCAUGCGUCUCCUCAGCGGGGAGUUGACCGAAGUUCGCUACGAUUGGCCCCAAGGCCAGAAAAUGCGUGUCAUCGAUGAGAAAAUCAUGCUGCCCGGAGAUGUCGCCUACAUCAACAACGACAUCGGUCUGCACCGUGUCGAGAAUCGUUUCCCAGAAGUGGCGGUGUCUCUUCAUCUCUACAGCCCGCCGUUCCAGUCAUGUUACAUGUUCGAUGAGAACACCGGAAAUAGGGCCGUCUCCAAAGUUACCUUCUGGAGUCGUUAUGGCGAAUGUACUCCUGUGAUCGAGAGUCGGGAACCCUGAGCGUUCCUCCAGCCCCCUGUAUCAUUCUGUAUAGUAUUCGUGGAGCCUAUCUAACCAUUUCACGACUGUGUAUAUUUCCGAGGAGGAACAUACCUUACUCGGCAAGCUAUGUGAAUAAAGCCAUAUACCGAUAUGCAUAU